UAAAAAAAGAUCCUGAGUUCUCAAAAUUCAGAAAAACCAUGAAACUGAACCUUAGUAACUGAAGAAACAACACAAGACUUGAAAAUCUCAAUAAAUUGAAUCUGGAAAAAAGAUAAGAUUAAAAAAAUUUAAAUAUUCAUGUUAAGAGAAUCACUCAAUGAUAUUUGCAACUUAACUAUGAGAUCAUUUUUAAAAUAAUUCGAGAAUGAUAAUUUGGAAAUGAUGUGCUGACUUCAGGAUAUUGACUUCAGUAGAUGAUCAAAUUUUGGUUAAAUCAGUUGAAAAUGUUUCAAUACGAAUUUCAAUUCUAAGACCGAAAUUGGGAUGGAAAUUCAAUAAAGAAACUCUGUACUGUUGAUUGGUCCAAUUUAUACAACUAUAGUUUUUUUUAAAGUUUUUGUUUUCGAAAAUUGGGAGGGAAAAGGGUUGAGAAUUUAUAAACCAACGGAAAUUUCAAUAAUAAUGAUCGGAAAGUGAAAAGUUUUGAUAAUAAUACCCGGUGUUCACCCGGAUACUUUGCGGGUAAGAUUCUGAAAUGCUUAUCAUAAAGUUUCUCUGUUCUCUCUUAGCACAGUGAGCCAGUUUUGGUGAAAUAAGCUGCUAGUUUAGUGUAGUAAGCAUUACUUGGAAAGUUGAAAUAAUAAUAAACAUUAUCAUUGUGCAAGACGUUUGUAUGCAAUGAAAAUGAGGAGAUGUUUUUCUUAAUUUUUCCUGUUCUGUACUGAAUUUCCCGACUGACAUGUUUCGAUAAAAAAAUAAAAAUUUGUGGUGAAUUUUGAAUUUUGAGUAGAAAUUUUUAAAAUUCAAUACCAAGAUUUUGAUAUUUUUAGCUCACAAAAUUCAGGAGAACUUCUUCACUUCUAAUUCUAGGGAGCCCCCUAACUUAUGCAAGAGAAAAACUAUUCUAGAUAUUAUUUCCCGGGUUCCUUUAGUUGUUAUAUUUCAAAUUGUCAUUCCGAUUUUCUAGUUUUUUCAUAGAAUGUUGAAACUUUUUUUUCUUUCGGGGGGCCCCCCUGAGCCGGGGGGCCCGGGGCAAUUGCCCCUUUUGCCCCCCCCUUAAUCCGGUCUUGAUGGACGGCCAAAACUUGUGGUCUAUUUGUCGCGAUAGAAAACUUUCUAUCUAUGCCAAAGCUGUCAAAAUUCCUACCACUUUUUCCCAACACGGGUGAACUCACUCUUAGAGCGAGCUGUGGAGAUGCGGUUGUGUUACGUACGGAAGAAGAGGCGAGAGUAGAAUGAUCGAAUGAACGAAAAUUGGGUACGUAAUAUUUGAACGGAACGUGUAUGGUUUGUUUUCAUUCCUGUUGCCGAUGCCGGUAAAUUACUUCAGGUUUUGUUCGGUACGUGUCGAUACUAGAUAUGUUAGAUCAAAAUAAUCUUUCAGUUCAGAUUAAGGAAUACUUUUUUGCAAUAUAAACUUGUAAAUUAAACUGGUCCCUCUAAAUGGACCCGUCAGUACUAAAGGAUAUAAUAUUGAAUGUAAAGCAACCGCUUGUACUAGCCAAUUUGAAGAUUCCGUGGUGUUGUUUCCGUGAUGAGAAAUCUUUCGAGGAAUGGUUGCAACCUAUGGACUGUCAAAAGCCAGCAGGAUUCCACUUCGAUAGUGGCUCCCUGCGGCAUGGGUCUCUGCCACAAUGGGAACGAAAUCGUAACAAAGUAAUGAUGUCCAUGACCCACUUUUUGAGAAAUGCAUCAACGCGAACUGGUCAUUUCGAGAACAACUGGGCGUCCUAUAGUUACCGAUACAUCGAAGAACUUCCCGCUGCAUGUCGGAAAAACGUAGACUUUAGUUCGUUCGGAUUUCCCGAGGUCAGCGAAGAUAUUUCAUUUUGGCUGGGAUCAACUGGAGCUCAUACACCGUGUCACUACGAUACCUACGGAUGUAACAUCGUGGUCCAGGUGCACGGACGGAAAUCUUGGCUGUUAUUCCCGCCAGAGGCGCCCUUGACAAAGAUGCGGGUCCCCUACGAAGAAUCAAGCGUGUACUGCGAGGAAAAUUUUUACAGCCCCCCUGGAUACUCACAAUUUUUGGGUGUAGAAAAUGACGCUUAUCAUAUUAUUUUAGAACCAGGAAUGGCCCUGGUAGUUCCUCCCAAAUGGUGGCAUUAUGUUGAAAAUUUGGAAUGCUCACUCAAUUUUAAUACUUGGAUUCCUUUGGUGUCAGAUAUCGAUGAACGGUUAUCCGAGUGUUUGACACGUAUCAUCGUGCAUAGUUAUAUCAGUGAAAAAGACGAUAAAAUCCUGAAACAUGUUUAUAAUCCAAAUGAGCUUCCAGUCAGCGCAGAGUUGUCUACGGCCAAUCUCAAUUUAACAUUAGAAUAUCUUUUGAAUCAAAGAGCUUGCAACAAACGACAACACAAAGACCACCAAUACAACACCAAUUACCUGACACAACCUGACCUGGAUGGUCUCAUAGCCUCCCACUCCAGCUAUAUAAAACCCGUCAGACGCCUGAAGAAUUACGAAUUUUUUCAUUUGAUCAAACAAAAUCAACAACGAUUCGAUGAACAUUUUGAAGAACUUGAUCCCGACGAGGAGGAAAAAUCCCGAAUCACUAAAGUUAUCAAUCAAUGCUGUCAUCCUGAAGUAAUUGAUUUAGUCAAACAGUAUCUGGAGUAGUUAUGUAUCGUAAUAUAUUUUUUUAGGAAAGA